AUUGUAUGCCAUUAUAUACUAAUUAGAAAAUAAUUUCAUUUUGGGGAGCAUUUUCGCCUAGGGGUAACUUCCCCAAGGCUCAGUUAUCUGGAUUUAAUUCCUGGGCGAUACACAUGGCUUUGCCGCUACCUGGCCGCUUAGAACAGCGUCCAGGGACAGGUUGAUAAUGGAGAGGCCAACUCUACCAGCGACUAAAAGGAAGCAUGGUGAAGAUCGUGGCUUUGUGAUCCCCAAGAAGAAGAGAACUGAGGAGUCGGCGGGACCCGGGGGCAGUGCCGACGAGCCCCAGGCCACCACCGAGAGCAAUGACGAAAUCACCAAGGUUCAAACGGCCAACCAGGAUGGACUCGCUACUGCGGUUGCCAACCACUACAAUCAGCUGGAGAAUACCGGUGUCCGCGACCGAAUCAAAAGCCCCAUCUUCUACCUCAGAAACUUUAACAACUGGGUGAAGAGUAUGCUCAUCGGCGAGUUUGUGCACCGUCUGGCAGACGAGUCGGUGACUGGCCACCGGCCCACCGUGCUCGACAUGGGAUGCGGCAAGGGCGGAGACAUGCUCAAAUGGAAAAAGGCGGAAAUCCGCCACCUGAUCUGCGUGGACAUUGCCGAGACGUCGGUGGAACAGUGCCGGGGCCGGUACCGCGACAUGAAGCAGCGUAACGAGCGGGAGCGACACCCGCAGCCGCUCUUCAGCGCAGAGUUCAUCGCCGCCGACUGUACCAGGGUGCGGAUCCAGGAGCAGUUCCGGUCGCCGGAGAUGCGUGUGGACCUGGUGAGCGUGCAGUUCGCGCUGCAUUACGGCUUCGAGAGCUUGCAGCAGGCUGAGCGGAUGCUGGAGAACGUCUCAGAUCGACUGAGACCGGGAGGCUACUUCAUCGCCACCGUGCCAGACGGACACGCCAUCAUGGCGCGUCUGCAGCGGGCCGGCGGACGCCAGUUCGGUAACGACCUGUUCAAGGUGCGACUGCGCGAGCCGGAGCGGCGGCCGCCGGCGCUGUUCGGCGCGCAGUACGACUUCUUCCUGGAGGGCGUCGUCGACUGCCCCGAGUUCCUCGUCUUCCUGCCACUGCUGGAGAAGCUGUGCAAGAAGUACGACCUGGAUCUGGUCUACAAGAAGCGCUUCAAUGAGAUGUUCCGCACGUACAAGACCACGCAGGAUGGGAAGAUGCUGCUCAACAAAAUGCAGGCCCUCGAGGCGUACCCGCCACAGCACGGCGCCGAGCUGCUGGCUGAGGAGGAGGAGUACAGCCACGCGCGCGCCGCCGCCGAGCACGAGCGCUGCGUGGGCACCAUGUCUCGCGCCGAGUGGCAGGCCUGCAGCCUCUACAUGGCGCUCGCCUUUAAAAAGGCCAAGCCGGCGCGGUAGCGACCGCCGACCUCCCCGGCUCGGGGUGGACGGAAGGGAGCGGGGUUCUCGCUGUGUCAAGGACUCCCGGUUGGCGCCCGUUGGGGGUGCCGACGGAUGAGGGACGCACGUCCGAUCCACAGGGUUCAGGGAACUGCGGGAGGUACGAACAGGUGAUGAUGUCAUUGGGCCGCGGUGUAAGUCUUGUCACGGCUAGUUAUGCUCUCCGGUGGAAGGGUCUCUGCGGUACCGGUUUAAUUGUGUUCCGGCUGAGGUACUGAGCUGAGCCCACACAGCCUGUUCUGAUGACCCCGCGAUGGUAGAAAAUAGCUGGCAGCAUCAAAGGAACUCCUCCCUGUUCACAUGGUGUUAACAGCCGUUGGUAGUUUCAUCUAACUACCAGUUGAACUGUUUGAACUUUUCUUCCGUUUAGCCCUACAGUUGGGCUAUUCUCCCGUUUUCGGUCGAACAUUUGGGGCUACUUUCAGUGCCCACGGUGCGCGG